GGAGUGUUUCGCGAAUCGUGUUCACAAGUGUUGUCAACAUUACGAGAAGGAAGAGAAGUAUUGCUCACUAUGUUGGACGCAUUCGUAUACGAUCCACUUGUGGAUUGGGCUGUAUCUGACCAUUUGACUGCUUCAUCGGCGGCUGUAGGAGUAGCCGUCACAUUGGCCGUAUACGGCACGGAUUCAAGAGCGGUUGAAGCGAAACCGGUUGCAAGAGAGAUGUUCGGUGUGAGAAUACGAGAGAAUACAGCGCUUUGGACGAAGAAUUUCACGGAAUUGCAAUCUGCAUUGGCAAGCGUUACAGAUGUGCUACAACGUGAAAAUGCAUCUCCAGAGAAUAGUGCGUGGAACAGCAGAGAACUUCUGGGACAGGCACAUCAACUUUUGGACGCAGAAGCUCUCGAUUUGAACGCCUGUCUCCGUCAUUUCGCUAUUGUGCAGAACAAUAUUUGCGAUAUCUAUCUCGGUCUUCUUUCUUUGAAUGAGUCCGCCCAGCCUACUCGACUACUAUCUCCAUCAACAGACUCACGUAAUCCUCCGAAAAGUGAGACCCCAGAGCUGCCUCCUGGGUUCGAAGAUCCUCGUCCACAUCACAAACAACAACAAGAACAAAAUGCUCAUGCGAGCAGUGUGGUGAGAAGAGUUCGAGCGCGUCUCGAAGGCCGCACUGAUUCCUCUGAUCCUCAGAAAGUCGCCAGUCCAAGCGAACAGAGUGUUCUCAUGGCGAUUCGCAUUGAGUGCGUUUCUGCCGUUUCCAUGGCUGGCCGCCGCGAACAAACGACUUCACGUCCAUCGCGGGGCUCUUUGGGUUCCCCGUUCGACUGCUCUCCAUCGUGUGGACGUUAG